AUGACACCUUCCACCAACAGCAUCCUCAUUUUGAACAACUUCGUCGACAACAAGGCCGUCGCAUCGUCCGCCGCCGAGCAGACGCACAUCCCAGUGACAAGCCCGCACACUGGAGCAACAAUCGCCCAGGUGCCGCUCUCCACUGUCAAGGACAUUGAUGAUGCCGUGCGCUCGGCCAAGGCGGCAUUCCCAGGAUGGUCUGGAUUAACAUUCAAGGCGCGCGCCGCCUACCUCCUUUCAUUCUACAAUUUGCUCCAGGCUAAUAUCAACGAGCUCUCUGAUCUUGUGGUGGAGGAGCACGGAAAGACCAAGGCUGAGGCCUUGGGCGACGUCAACAAGGGACUAGAGACACUUGAGUAUGCCCUCAGCCUGCCGCAGCUCGCUGCCGGCCGCACAGAAUGGGUGAGCGGUGGGGUGCAGUGCAGGGACGAUAGGGUUGCGCUGGGCGUUGUUGGUGGCAUUGUGCCGUUCAACUUCCCCUUCAUGGUGCCCUUCUGGACCAUCCCCUUGGCCCUGGGCAUGGGCAACACGUAUGUGCUCAAGCCAUCCGAGAAGGUUCCCCUCACCAUGAACCGCGUCGCGCAGCUGGCUGCCACCGUCCUGCCACCCGGCGUACUCAACUUGGUGCACGGCAGCGCGGCGGCCGCCGUUGCGCUCGUGGAACACCCCGAUGUGCAGGCCUUGACAUUUGUAGGCACGUCGGAGAUCGCCGAGAAGGUGCACCAGAGGGGCACGGCGCUAGGCAAGCGUGUGCUGGCACUUGGCGGCGCCAAGAACCACCUGGUAGCGUUGCCCGACUGCAACCCGGAGAUGACAGCCCAGGACGUCGUCAACUCGUUCACCGGCUGUGCCGGCGAGCGCUGCAUGGCUGCUUCCGUCCUCCUUAUUGUCGGAGAGCAGCCCGAACUGCUUUCCCGCAUCAUCGCCAAGGCGCAGGCGCUCACGCCUGGAUCUAAGGCCAACAAUAUGGGACCGGUCAUUGACGAGUCGGCCAUUGUUCGCAUUGAAUCCGCCAUUGCGCACGCGCAGGAAAAGGAUGGCGCACAGGUCCUCCUCGAUGGCCGCAAGUCGGCGUCUUUUGUUGCUCAGCGCGCGGAGGGUGGGUUCUGGGUUGGCCCCACCAUCUUGCAGCAUUCGAAGAGCACCGACCAUGCCAUGCACUACGAGAUAUUUGGCCCCGUCCUCAGCAUCCUUCAUUGCGCCACUCCGUUGGAGGCCCUGGCUGUGGAGAAUGCCAAUUUGCACGGUAACGCUGCUUGCAUUUACACUUCGUCAGGCGCCUCCGCUGAGUUCUUCACUCAGAGGUUUACGGCCGCCAUGGUGGGAGUCAAUGUCGGCGUGCCCGUGCCCAGAGAGCCGUUUUCGUUCGGCGGCAUUGGUCGCAGCCGUUUCGGAUAUGGCGACAUCACGGGCGACGCCGCCAUAGAGUUUUUCUCGUACAGGCGCAAGAUUACGACAAAGUGGUCUGAGCCCAAGGAAAAGUCGUGGAUGAACUGA